GUUCUAGAGGAGAGGACGAAGCUCUGCAGUCAGAGCAGCAAGAGGUAUGGCCAACGGAAACGAGAGUAGUGAUGGGUCCCACAACCCCCUGGCAGCAGUUGUGGCUACUACGGGUGGCACAGUGAACGGAGGGGCUUCAUCAGCUGUGUCUACCUACAUCAAGCUUGUCCUGCUAGGGCUGAUCAUAUGCAUCAGCCUAGUGGGCAACCUGGUGGUAUCUUUACUAGUGUUAAGGGACCGAGCCCUACACAAGGCCCCAUACUAUUUCUUGUUGGAUCUUUGCUUGGCUGACACAAUUCGGUCAGCAGUCUGCUUCCCCUUUGUACUAGUGUCCAUCAAGAAUGGCUCAACCUGGACCUACAGCGUACUCAGCUGCAAGGUGGUGGCUUUCAUGGCCGUGUUAUUCUGCUUCCACGCAGCCUUCAUGCUGUUCUGCAUUAGUGUCACACGGUACAUGGCUAUCGCCCACCAUCGGUUCUAUUCUAAGCGCAUGACCUUCUGGACGUGUGUUGCCGUGGUGUGUAUGGUCUGGACACUGUCGGUUGCUAUGGCCUUUCCACCUGUAUUUGAUGUGGGCACCUACAAGUUUAUCCGUGAAGAAGAUCAGUGCAUUUUUGAGCACCGUUACUUUAAGGCCAAUGACACACUGGGAUUCAUGCUUAUGCUGGCUGUGCUUAUCCUAGCCACUCACGUGGUCUACAUGAAGCUCUUGCUCUUCGAGUACAAGCACCGCAAGAUGAAGCCCAUCCAGAUGGUACCCGCCAUCAGCCAAAACUGGACCUUUCACGGGCCUGGAGCCACUGGCCAGGCAGCCGCCAAUUGGAUUGCAGGAUUCGGCCGGGGCCCAAUGCCACCUACCCUGUUGGGUAUCAGGCAGAACUUGCACAACCAGAACCGACGACUGCUAGGCAUGGAGGAGUUCAAGGCAGAGAAGCAGCUUGGCAGGAUGUUUUAUGUAAUCACCCUGUUUUUUCUGGUGCUGUGGUCACCAUAUAUUGUGGCCUGUUACUGGCGGGUUUUUGUGAAAGCAUGUACCAUCCCACACCGGUACCUCUCCACUACGGUGUGGAUGAGUUUUGCCCAAGCAGGGGUGAACCCCAUUAUCUGCUUUUUCCUUAACAAGGACCUCAAAAAGGGUCUGCUGGCCCAUUUGCCUCCCUGUUGUAGAACUAAACCUCAACUACCCCGUGAGCCUUACUGUGUCAUGUAAAGACAAGUGUUUAUUUAUUUCUGUUAUCAUUUCCUUUAUUUCUCUUUGGGUGGGUCACAAUUGGACAGUUAAUAUGGUUUAAAAGGUAUUUUAAGAUGGAGGCAUGAAUAAUGUUUUGUUUUGUUUUAAGGUUAGGGAGGUCAUGGGGAAAAUCAUCUGCUGUCAUCUAAAUGGUGAUGGAACCACAGUGGCCCUGACCAAGAUAAAGCAGUAACUGAAGAUGAAUGAGUAGAAUAUCAUACUAACUCCAUUAACUUGAUAUUGCCUUGCAGCCAAUAAAUGUACAGGCUAAUAUGUAUUCCUUACUAUCUACACUGUUGCAAGAGGUUGUUUUUAAUUACAUUUGGCACCCCGUUAAAAACCAAACAACUAGAAGAAGUGU